AUGUUGGUUCAGACUCGCGCCCGACUCGUCCGCCUGUACGAGCAGCCUGAUAGCCUCGUCGAUCAGGCUCUGGAUUUGCUGGACCUGGAAUGGCCGAAAGAGGCGCACAUGCGCGGCGAGCGGCGGUCCUCGAUGAAACAGAUACCCGGAACCGCCAUCGCGGGUCGCGGGGGCCAUCUCGCCGUCGUGGUUCAAGAUGUUGAAGCUAUCGAAGAUGAGGCUGAACAAGAUGGUCACGGGGCACAAAAAAAAACUCCCGAAACAACUGCUGGCACCGGCGCCCGAGUUGUUGCUCACGCAAAAAUCAGUCCGGUGUUCGUCACCAGCGAGCGCCAGAACUGUGCGAUGCUGUAUUCACUGGUGGUUCAUCCGGACCUACGGGGCCAGCGGCUUGGCCAGAAGAUCGUCCACGCAGUAUUGCGAUGGUUGGCGGGAGGCAAGCUUGCUUUAGACCAGGCUUGUGACGAGCAACUUGCUCGGCGAUGUGGGUCCGCGGAAGUUGUUGAGCAGCCACGGCAAACAGAAGAACUCAGUAGCGACGCAGGUUUCGACUUCAAGACCCUUCCGCCGUAUUUGUACUUGGAGUGCAAGCCCGCCCUCGCCGACUUCUACCAGAGAGCACUAAACUUCCUCCCGUGCGAGCCAGCAGGCGCCAAUCUGCGAAAGGUUGCGAACAAAGUGGAGCAACAAUCGGUGUUGCAGCUUGAAAACAUGCUGGCCGGAAAACUACGCAGAAUGCAAACUGCAGCACGGGAAAGUCGCGAAGUUGAGGUGUGCGAGUAUGGUGGUACGACGUGGUCUUCCACCUUCCCGAUGAAAAAAUCCUGUGCCGCAGUGGACCCGCCUUCUGGAAGUAAUGGAAUGCUGCACUUUCGGACGCGGCUUCUUUACGAGCGCCCGUUGGAGCACCAGGUGUUUUUCUCCAGCCGUCUUGAUGAGUCGCGAAAAGCUUUCACCUUCUUUCUUGAAGGAUUUCCGCACCAGCGGCAGAUCGGGCCAAGUUGCGGUUUGGUUGCGUUGCACAUGGCGAUUGCGUAUCUGGUUGAAAAUAGUGGUCAGCAUCUAAAGGACAAAGAUCAAAACCAUGCAGAUGGAGCUCCUCAACUGCUUUCGCAGACGACCGAAGAAUCGCCAGCAUCAUCAAGAGCCAGUCUCUUCCGCGCGCUCUUUGAACUUGCACUGGCAAACAAGUAUUCUUCAGAUGGCGAAAUGUUUUCCUGCGACGACAUGGCAUCUCUCGUCGAGGCGAUCUCCUCAUCAAAUGCUGGCACAUUCCUGCUCGAAACGAAAUGGUCAGGGCUCGACCGCGUAGGUGCGAGAGUGGUUAGGAUAGGUGAUGAAGUAGGGGCAUUUUCAAGAAUUUCUGAUAUGCUGACUCCAGGACGGAGAGGAGAAAACGAUGUGGGAACAAGUACUGGCGUUCUUUUGAUUCCCUACAAUAAGGACGGAAGUUCGCACGAACCAAUAAUUGCAGCUUCCUCGGCAAAUCAGAAUCCUCGUGCUCUCGAAGAACUACAGGAGCACGCGCACUGGGGCUGUGUAAUCGGAUACGAGGAAGGAGGAACUGAUGACGCGUACAUUGCGCAUGGUUUAUCGCGAACCCUGAUCAAAACGAAAGGCGAAAAGCUAGUGCAGUCCUGCAGAGCGCUUUUGACAUCGAAACAUCUCUGCGGUCGCGCAGUGCUCGUUUUCCGAAAGCCCCAACUGGUAGAAAAGUGAAACAGCCGACAACUACACCGCAACUUGAUGCCUCCGCGCCACACCGUCUAUUGUGCACAAACAACCUCUUUCAGUAG